AUGGAUCUUGCUCCAGUAAUCGAAACACUUCAAGCAACACUUUCACCUCAAUUACGUAAGCAAGCUGAAGAAAAACUUGCUCAAAUCUGCAAAACAGCCGGUUUUAUCCCAUGUCUUGUGCAAAUUAUUCUCAAUGAACAAUGUGAUAUGGGAGCUAGACAAGCUGGAGCAAUUUAUUUAAAAAAUCAUAUUAAUACUUAUUGGUCGGAUUUUAAUGAUAUGAAAGCAACAACAGAUCCAGAGAUCAUAACAUUAGCUAAUGCAGUUAAUGUUAAUAUUAAUAAAGCAGCCGGUGAUAAUACACAAAAAUUUUUUGUUAUAUCUGAUUCUGAUAAAGAAUAUUUACGAAAUGUUAUUAUUGAUGCUGUUAUACGUGCCAAAGAUCCAUUGAGAUGUCAAUUAAUUACAACAGCAGGUACAAUGAUAAAAAAUGACUUCCCAUCAAAAUGGCCACAAUUUAUAAAUCAAAUUCAUACAUGUCUUUCUACUGAUAAUAUUGCUGCAUGUGAAAGUGCUCUUCUUAUUUUUUAUACACUUGUACAACAUUAUGAGUAUAAAAAAAUGGAAGAUCGAGGUCCAAUGGAUGAUGUUAUGUUUGUUAUUUUACCUCUUCUUCAUCAACGUUUUAUGCAGUUAUUUGCCCAUAAUGAUUCGGAUCAAUCAGCAUUUAUACAAAAACAAAUUCUUAAAAUAUUUCAUGCUUAUACUCAACUUCAUCUAAGUUUUCGAGUAUUACCUACGCAAACAAUGGCUACAUGGCUUGAUACAUGUUGUGCAGUUAUUGAAAGACGUUUACCUGAUCGUUUGGAUGCACUUGAUGAAGAUGAUCGAGCUGAACAUCCAUGGUGGAAAUGUAAAAAAUGGGCAUUACAUAUUCUUAUUCGAACAUUUGAAAGACAUGGAGCACCGGCGAAUUUACCUAAAGGUCAACCACCAGAUAGAGUUGAAUUUGCAAAUUUUUAUUUAAAAGGUUUUUCCGGAAAAGUAAUUGGUCUUGUUUUUGGUAUUCUUGAAGCUUAUCGACAAAAGCUUUAUUUAUCACCACGUGUUAUACAAUUAUCACUUAAUUAUUUACGUGAAAGUGUUCGUCAUGCAUUUUCAUGGAAAAUUAUGCAAAAUAAUAUUGUUGUACUUAUACAGGAUAUUAUUUAUCCAUUAUUAUGUAUUAAUGAUGAUGAUAUUGAAUUAUUUAAUGAGGAACCAGUGGAAUUUGUUCGUGCACGUCUUGAUAUAUUGGAUGAAUAUGUAAGUCCAGUAUCAGCAGCUGAAUUAUUUCUUUCUGAAGCUGUAGCAAAACGUAAAGAUGUUUUAAUGAAAACAGUUUCAUUUCUUGGCACAAUUAUACAUAAUGAUACAAUAACAGCAAAACAAAAAGAUGGUGUUUUACAUAUGUUAGGUGUUAUUGGUAAUGUUCUUAUUAAGAAAAAAGCAUUUGUUAAUCAAUUAGAAAAUAUGAUUGUUCAAUAUUUAUUUCCUGAAUUACAAAGUCAAACAGCAUUUUUACGUGCUCGUGCUUGUUAUGCAUUAAGAAAUUUUUCUAAACUUGAAUAUUCAAAUAAUGAUAAUACAGCACGUUGUUUAACAUAUCUCAUAAAUUGUUUAUGUAAUGAUACAUCAUUACCAGUUAAAGUUGAAGCAGCUAUGGCUUUAAAUUUAUUUAUGUCUGAUACAGAAACAGGUGAAAAAGGUAAAGCUAUUAUAGUACCACAUCUUCAAAUAAUUGUUAUGCGUAUUAUUGAAAUAAUUCGACAAACUGAAAUUGAUGAUGUAAUGAUUGUUUUACAAAAAAUUGUUGGUUUAUUUGAUCAAGAAUUACAACCAAUAGCUGUACAAAUGACAUCACAAUUAGUCGAAUUUUUUAAACAUGUUGUUUGUUCAGAAAAUACAUCAAAUGAUGAAAGUAAAGCAGAAGAACGAACUGUUGCUGCUAUGGGUGUACUAAAUACAUUGGAUACAAUUGUUAGUUGUAUGGGAGAAAAACACGAAAUACUUGUACAAAUCGAACAAAUUAUAUAUGAAGCUAUUCUUCUUGUAUUACGUGAUGGUAUUCUUGAUUUUUAUGAAGAAAUUUUAACACUUAUUGAUACUUUAACUAUUAAUACAGUUAGUCCAUUAAUGUGGCAAGUAUUUUAUUUGAUAAAAGAAGCUUUCUUUCGUGAUGCUGCAGAUUAUUUUGCUGAAAUAAUGAAUUGUUUACAUAAUUAUGUUGUUAAUGAUACACCCUCAUUUUUAUCACAACCAGAUCGAAUUGAAACAAUCUUUGAAAUGUGUAAACAUGUAAUUGUUAAUGAUUUGGGUGAAGAUUCAGAAGCUCAUGCAGCUAAAUUAAUCGAAGUAAUAAUUCUUCAAUGUCAAGAUAAUAUGAGUGUUGCACUUCCAGCUAUAGUUCAACUAAUGGCUCAACGUUUUCAACGUGAAAUAGUUACUAGUGAAUUACGUCUUAUGCUUAUUCAAGUAUUUAUUGUUAUUUUAUGGCUUAAUCCGGAUAGAUUUUUUCAAACAUUAAAUACUGUUGCAGCAAAUGAUCCAAGUACACAAAGUACAAUAGCAAACUUUUUUAAUCAAUGGAUGACUGAUUGUGAAUUAUUUGCUGGUGUACAUGAUCGUCGUGUUUCUGCACUUGGUCUAUGUACAUUACUUCGUAUUGAUUCAAAAUAUUAUUCAGCAAUAUCAAAUAUUGUACCAAAGAUUUUACCAAAUUGUAUCCAUAUAUAUCAAGGUUUAAUAAAAACAUAUCAACAUAAUAAUGAUGAUGAAAGUAAUGAUGAUACGGAAGAUGAUGAUGAAUCUGUACCUAGUGAAAUUGAUGACGGUGAAGAUGAAAACAUUACACAUGAAGAUGAUUUUCUUGAAAAACUUAAAGGAAAAGUAUGA